AACAACAAGGUGCUUGGUGACAGCCAGCAUGGCUUCACUAAGGGGAAAUCCUGCCUGACCAAUUUGGUGGCCUUCUAUGAUGGGGCUAUGGAGCUGAUGGACAGGGGUAGAGCAGUUGAUUUUAACCAUGACAAGUGCAAGGUCCUACACCUGGGUCGGAGCAAUCCCAGUCACAGCUACAGGUUGGGCAGAGAAGAGAUUCAGAGCAGCCCUGCAAAGAAGGACUUGGGGGUGCUGGUCGAUGAGAAAAUGAACAUGGGCCGGCAGUGUGUGCUCGCAGCCCAGAAAGCCAACCGUAUCCUGGGCUGCAUCAAAAGGAGCGUGACCAGCAGGUCGAAGGAGGUGAUCCUGCCCAUCUACUCUGCUCUCGUGAGACCUCACUUGGAGUAUUGUGUGCAGUUCUGGUGUCCUCAACAUAAAAAGGACGUGGAACUGUUGGAACAAGUCCAGAGGAGGGCCAUGAGGAUGAUCAGGGGACUGGAGCACCUCCCGUAUGAAGAUAGGCUGAGAAAGUUGGGGCUGUUCAGCCUGGAGAAGAGAAGGCUGCGUGGAGACCUCGUAGCAGCCUUCCAGUAUCUGAAGGGGGCCUGUAGGGAUGCUGGGGAGGGACUCUUCGUUAGAAACUGUAGUGACAGGACAAGGGGUAACGGGUUAAAACUUAAACAGGGGAAGUUUAGAUUGGAUGUAAGGAGGAAAUUCUUUCCUGUUAGGGUGAUGAGGCACUGGAAUGGGCUGCCCAGGGAGGUUGUGAAUGCUCCACCCCUGGGGGUGUUCAAGGCCAGGUUGGACAAAGCCUUGGGGGACAUGGUUUAGUGUGAGGUGUCCCUGCCCAUGGCAGGG